AUGGAUUGGACACGUGGUAUUCUUUCUGCUCGCCACUUUCGAGAUGAUUAUCAUCAUUUUACAUUUCGUUUGGACAACUACCGGAAUUUAAUCGAGGCUCAUGCACAAAUCCUACCACAUUGCUUCAAUGAAACUAUCCAGCACAAUGCUCAUCUUAUGCAAAUCAUUGGCAGAUUGACUAGAGAAUUGAUCGACGAGAUUCAGCGGGACAUUUUCCAGGGACUAGCUGUGACACCGGAGCUCGUGGCGGUUCGAUAUGUUCAUUAUUAUCAUCUAAUGGAGACUCGGGAUCACGUUGCCGAUUUCUAUUUCAACGAUGAUCAAUUGCGUCUGGAUCAAUACUUGAUCCAUUUUGCCAACGACACCAACAAUCAUCUCUUUGAAGUCGAGGACAUCAUGACAAGAGGGCAAGUGCCUACCGAGGAGGACAUCAAAGAGAUCGAAGAUCGAAUCUACUUGUUGGCUCUUAUGGUAGAUCGGCUCGCAUUCGAAACCGUCGGCAUUCAUCCAGUGAUACAUUGCUGCAUUCAGCACAUCAUUCCCCAGCUGAUGUUUUAA